GCUGAGAAGAAACUGGAAGCUUUGACUCAAGAAUUAGAAGAUGAAAUGGAAAAGAAACCGCAUGGUGAAAGUUUUGGACAUUGCAGUGCCUGUGGAGAACCUGUGUCAGGCUCAUCCAAUGCCUGUCAAGCUAUGGGUAGUUUAUAUCACACAAAAUGCUUCACAUGUUGUUCAUGUGGUAGAACAUUAAGAAGUAAAGCAUUUUAUAAUGUGAAUGGGAAAGUUUAUUGUGAAGAGGAUUAUUUAUACUCUGGUUUUCAGCAAACAGCUGAUAAAUGUGUUGUUUGUGGUCAUUUGAUCAUGGAAAUGAUACUACAAGCAAUGGGUAAAUCUUAUCAUCCUGGCUGUUUUCGAUGUUCUGUAUGCAAUGAAUGUUUAGACGGAAUCCCGUUCACAAUAGAUUUUGAUAAUAAGAUAUACUGUGUAGAAGAUUAUCAUAGAAUUUAUGCUCCAAAAUGUGCUGCUUGUGGAUUAGCUAUAACACCAGUAGAAGGUACAGAAGAAACAGUUCGAGUCGUAUCAAUGGAUAAAGAUUUCCAUGUGGACUGUUAUCAUUGUGAAGGAUGUUACAUGCAGUUAACAGAUGACCCUGAUAAAAGAUGCUAUCCUCUAGACAAUAGUUUAUAUUGUCAUACUUGCCAUAUUGAGAAGAUGAAU